CUCUUUCAUAAACGGGUCGGUUGCUUAGAAACUAUGGGACAAAACUGGGUUUACAGAAGACGUUCAAUAUGGCGAUUUUAAUUUGAAUCCCAGGGCCAAAAAAGACCGGUAACGUGUGUUUCUUCCGUUUAUACAAGGACAAACACCGAGCGCACAAAUAGUUCCGUGUGCAACAAAAGUAAUCAAGGUAAAACGGCAACACCGAAAUGUUUUUAGGGAAAUAAACCCAAGAUGUGCUGGGAUUUCGAUGCAAACAUUCGUAACUUUUAUUUAAAAAAUAAUUAAUUUCAACUUUUUUACAUGUUGAGCCACAGUGUUCAUUUAAAUGAAAAUGCCCGAGAAGCCGUGUGUUUGCAGGAUAUUGUCACGGCUGUGAGGCCCGAGAAAACCCUUCUUCCUUGUUUGCAAGCUGGCCAAUUUAGUCUCGUCAAACAGAUGAACGGUAUCUACAAUUUGUUUUAAGCUGUUUUCUAGUGACAGUUAUUUGGAUACAUCCAUAACAAUGAGCUAAUGAGGCGCGAUUUCGCCUGGCACAGAACAUGUGCUCUCUGUUCAGAGCAGCUAGCCGACAACACAGCUACAGUAACAGCGAGCUAUGGCCAGCCUGUCCAACUACGCCGUACGUAUGGCGCGUCUCAGUGCACGUAUCUUUGGGGAUGUGGCGCGUCCUACGGACAACAAGUCCAUGAAGGUGGUCCAGCUGUUCAAGGAGCCGCCCAUGGCCCAGAAAAAGGAGGUGUACGACUGGUACCCUCAACACAAGAUCUACUAUGCCCUUACGCAGAAGCUACGAUACAUGGGACUCUUCAGAGAUGAACACGAGGACUUCAAGGAGGAGAUGCGUCGGCUGAGGAAACUGAGAGGCAAGGGGAAACCCAAGAAGGGUGAGGGAAAGAGAGCCACCAAGAAGAAAUGAGCUCUUCCUUUCCCUGUCAUAUAGGACCUGUGGAUAAACCCAGCCUUGCCCUGUCAUAUAGGACCUGUGGAUAAACCCAUCCUUGCCCUGUCAUAUAGGACCUGUGGAUAAACCCAGCCUUGCCCUGUCAUAUAGGACCUGUGGAUAAACCCAUCCUUGCCCUGUCAUAUAGGACCUGUGGAUAAACCCAGCCUUGCCCUGUCAUAUAGGACCUAUGGGGGGAAUCACAACAGUCCUCGUUUGCUUUGGGACACCAGAGGAAUGGCCUCCCUAACUGUGUUCACAACGGUAACAUGUGACCCCCACUCAGGAUGUUCAUAAUGAAUGGAUCCUUGGAACAGCUAAUGAUGUGUGUUGAGAGGAUCCUUUCAUGACCCCAUCACAGGAGAUCCUGUCUGACAAGUGACCAGUCUUUGACCGCUGUGUGUUUGGUACAUAAAGCCUUUCUGUUCAUUGCUUGACGAGAGGUUUCCCUUGUGUCCACGUUGUUAUCAGCUUUCUGUUCUCAUAGUCUCUGUACAGUGAACGGGUGAAGGAGAUCUGGAGGGCAUCAGUACAUAGAACUGUGAUGCUGGUAUGUUCCUAUUGACUGAGACAAUGCUGGUGUUUUACAUCUGUUCUGAGUAACACCAGCUGUCAUGAAUAAAAUCCUGAAAAGAAAUCUGCUGAAAUGUGACUCUCCAGUUUGUGACUGGUUUAUUGCCAUGCAAAUACUGUGUUAUACCAUGUUGUUACUAGGGACUUGGUGUAACUACAGGAAACCCAUUAAAAACCUGAUCUGUUCUC